AUGUCACUGAUUACAGAUCCUUUAUACUUGAUUCAUAUUAGUCGAAUAAAAUUCUUGCGAGUAGAUGAACGAGGAGAACGCAUCAUUAGCUUCCCACCUACUGUCAUGUCAGAUGACUAUGUGAGACUAGCAGCACCUCUCUAUCCUGAGAUGCAGUACUGUUAUUCUCCUCCUAUGACCGAAAGCAAACUGACGACAAGCCCACGUACAACAAAACGAAGUUAUCGACAUAGAAAGCAAUAUGUACCUAUUCGACCGUUGACGAAGAAGGAAACUGACAGUGAUGAGGAAGAAGAAGACAUGGAUGAGGAAGAAAGACAAGAACUAGAAAAUAAAAUAGAAGAACAGCAACAACCACCUGUAGGACUAUUCAAUGCUACACAUCCAAAUCAAGAAGAAACUUCACUUCAUCCCUCUGUGGAGUCGGCCAUUGACCCUUCUCCACGUUCCUCAAUCGAAGAAGCCAACGUGAGCAUGUUUCCCUUUCCGACAAGCAGCCAUGAGUCUCCAGAGGACCAGCCCGAGAAAAAGAUCACACAAGUCGUUGCAACCGAACACCCACUGUCAUAUACCAAAAAGGUCUCACCAAUUCAACAACAACAGAAAUCGGCGUUAUCUGCGCUCAUUGCUGAAAAGGCAACAGCAGCAGAGAAUCCGUUUGCAGAAUACGCAUUUGCGUCGGGCAAGGGAGAAGCUAAACCGAUCAAUCUUUGUGUGUAUAUACCAUGCUCGUUUAAACCCUAUGAGCCUGUAAAGUUGAUCGUAAAGCCAGAUGCAUUGAUUGAUGAUGUGAUUGGAUAUAUAUUAUAUGACUAUGUAGAACAAAAGCGUGGUCCUGAAUUAGAGGUCGAGAGCUAUGAUCUGUCCGAGUGGGUCUUGUUGAUUGCUGAGGACGAUGGAGAGAUAGAAGAAGAUUUACCAGCGGUGGACAGAACAAGGCGUAUCGACCGUGUCUCAUUUGAUCAAUUUGCUUUAUGUAGAGCAACACCAUCACAAGUCAAACAAAACGACAUCACGCGGGCCAAAAUGGGCAAGACAAAGCCAGACAUUGAAGCCUUGCGCCAGAAAAAGCAACAAGCUGUUCUGCCUGAAUCGACAACGAUACCCACUUCAACCCAACAAGAAGAUAUACCAACCCAUCAACUCAUGCAUCAUCGUAUAGCCGCACAGGAACCUGAUCCAUCUACUGUAGCUGUUCCUGUGCCAUCAUCCAAAGCAACAUUGACCAAGGCUACGAUGCCAAUGACGCCAUUAAAGUACUUCCGAAUCAAACUGAUGACAAACGAGGAAGUCUCGGCUACGACAGCCAUACCGGUUUAUGCAGAAAUGUUCAUUGGCGAUGUGCUCGAGUUAGUGUGCAGAAAGCGAAAACUGGAUGCAAAUGGAUAUAUGUUGACGAUCGCAGAUACAAAUGUGAUUGUGCCAAAUGAUACGACAGUGGAAAGUAUGAAGGAAAUUACAGAUCUGACACUUGUCAAGAAAGAGAGAACACUGACAAUACCAAGCACUAAUCAUCUAUGGCGAUCACCUAUUAAACGUAAAAAGGAUGAAGUUACCCAUCCAAUGUAUUUUUCAGAUGUAAAUCAAAGACCAACCGCGGCAAAUGCAAAUGAUGGAAUAUUUUCACAGUACAAGCAGAAAUAUUCUGUGAGCAGAAAGAUGCCCAUGUUUGUUAGUAAAAAAGUGUAUAUAUUAGCAAUUGACGGAGAUUAUAUUCAUUUAAUGCCACCUGAACACAAAGGCAUGUUUGAUUCUGUCAAGACGACAUCGUUUCAUGCGAGCGCUAUAAGAAGUUGUAAACAGAGUAAAAAAGUUCCAUCAAAUUUCAAGAUUAUAGUACUUAAAGAAAGGGAUUACAAGACGUAUGACCUUGAAGCAGAAAGCUCAAAGGAAGCUUAUGAAAUUUGUGCUCGUAUUCGAUUUUUGAUGCAAGUGACCAAAGGAGCCUAA